AUGUCUGGACGUGGCAAGCAAGGCGGCAAAGCUCGCGCCAAGGCGAAGACGCGCUCUUCGCGGGCCGGUCUCCAGUUCCCCGUGGGUCGAGUGCACCGUCUUCUCCGUAAGGGGAACUACGCUGAGCGGGUCGGGGCUGGGGCCCCGGUGUACCUGGCGGCGGUGCUGGAGUACCUGACGGCCGAGAUCCUAGAGCUGGCGGGCAACGCGGCCCGGGACAACAAGAAGACCCGCAUCAUCCCGCGCCACCUGCAGCUGGCCAUCCGCAACGACGAGGAGCUCAACAAGCUGCUGGGCAAAGUCACCAUCGCUCAGGGCGGCGUCCUGCCCAACAUCCAGGCGGUGCUGCUGCCCAAGAAGACUGAGAGCCACCACAAAGCGAAAGGCAAAUAA